UGUAACUUUUACAUGUGACUAAAGUUAGGGGAAAACUCCUCGUGUAAUGUUAAAAAUACUCUUGCUGAAUUUUUCCAUUUCACUUGCGUCUAUGUCAAGGCAAAGUGUGGGAUUGUGAAUGUGAUAAAAUAUCGAUCCGUUCAUUCUGACACUGUCACAUUGCGAAUCAUGCAAAGCUGGACAUUAUUUCGCGGAGAGUAAAUCAAUUAUGCAAGUGCUUCACAUCAAUUAUUGGCUAGCUUCUGUUCAUUUAAAGUUACCCGUGCAUGCUAAAAGAAUCGCAACGUGCGAAAGAGAAAGUGCAUAAAUUAUGUGUGUAAUUCGCUAUGUUAUUCAGUGAAGUACCCUUGGGCGGAGAAUUAGGACAAAAAUCAUCCCACUAAUCCAACUGAAACUUUAAUAAGUGUAAAAUCAACAUGAUCACACAGUUCUCGUCAGGAUUAUGGCACUAAUUGCAGAGUCAUAAAAGGUGGAAAGGCGAUGAUGGGCGGGAAAGCUUGAAUGAAAGAUUUUGAAACUAUGCAGCCGAUGCGGUAAAUCAUGGGCAUUUCAACCACCACAUCUGAUUUCAAUCAAUGGCUGCAUGCCAUGAAGAUGGUGGCUCGCCUGCCUGGAGGGAUUCCACCUGAAUUCCGCAAGAAGCUCUGGAUUUCCCUGUCGGAUCAAUACUUGCACACGAAGAAUGUUGACUGGGAGAAGGAGCAAGAGAAGUGUUUUUGCGACCAAUCAGGCGUGGACGAUGAGGAAUUGGGAAUACAAAUUGUCAAAGAUUUGCACAGAACUGGGUCGAGUUUGUGUUCAGGACCCGCAGGAUCACUCAACCAGGCAAAGCUGAAGAAGGUCUUGCUCGGCUACGCCCGAUGGAAUCCAAGCGUGGGAUAUUGUCAAGGAUUUAACAUGCUUGGAGCGUUGAUACUUCAAGUGCUUGAUAAGAACGAAGGCGAUACCAUUAAAGUGAUGAUAUAUCUUAUCGAAGGAGUUCUGCCGCCAAAGUAUUUCUGUGACUCGCUGAAUGGAUUGCAAACGGACAUGGCAGUGUUCAGAGAUUUGCUCUCCACCAAAGUUCCUCGUCUGUCCAAGCAUCUCUACAAAUUACAAGGCUCUGUUGGCGAAGAGUCCUUCGAACCUCCGCUGACGAAUGUCUUCACAAUGCAGUGGUUUCUCACGAUCUUCUGCACUUGCUUGCCGAUAAACAGCGUCCUUCGCAUAUGGGAUUUGAUCCUCAUAGAGGGAAGUGAUAUUCUCUUAAGGACCGCAUUGGCUAUUUGGACAUUCCUCGAAGAGAGGAUUAUCGGAGCCAAGACUGCAGAUGAUUUCUACUGCAAGAUGGGAACUUUGUCAGCAGAGCUUUUGAAUGGGAAUCUCAUUGAUUCCAAUGGAUUAGUUCAACGCGUCGUGGAUCUUGGACCAAUUACAGAUUUGCAGCAGUUAAGAGACAAGCAUGUCUACAAUGUGGCCAAUUUCAAGGACAAGAAGGGUUACAGGCUCUUCUACUCCGAUGACGAGGGAGAUUCAGAUGAUGACUCGCGCAUGGCAGUGGCCACAGCCUGGGGCAUUCGCAUGGGUCGACGGGAAUCCGUGCCUGUAUCUAGUAAUCAAAGACCAUCGCCAGAUAGUCGCGACAAGGUGGUUCUCGACAUCAACCUGCUGAAGCAUCAGUACGAGCGCUUGAGAGAAAGGCAGCGGCAGGCACAAAUCAUCCUCACAGCUGCUUGUGCUCGUCAGCCUGCGAACACAUCGUCAGCUCCGACAUUUCAAGUUAACCAGCUUCUCUUCGGCCGCAAUGCCAUUCUCAGCAAUAAGGGAAGGAGAAUAGGUCCACCGCAGGGAGCCAUUCCACCACCAAGGAGAGCGAGUGCAUCUGCCAAAGCGAGAAGUUCGCCCAAAGCGACAAAGCGAGAGGAGACUCUACACUGGAACGAUACUGAUGUGGUGAAGAUGAGGAAGAACAAUUUAAAGUGGAAAGACGCUAUUCAUGUCGACGAGACACCUGAGAAGACAGAUGAGCAACACAGUACAGAAGAUGAGUCGUCAUCUGCUCAAGUCGUCACGAGACUGAGGAAGCGGAGUGAGUCUUCGUCAUACAGCGAAGACUCGAGUACAAGUACAAGCUUAUGCGAUGAUGAUGACGAUAACACUUCAUCCUUCGACGCGAGUCCAUUCAAGAAGAAACAAAGUCCUGACAUUCAAGUGCCUACAGAGAACAAAGCUGAAGACAUCCAGAAGUAUAUUCGAGGGUUGGAAGAGGACACAGAAAUUACAGCUAGUGGGCUCUUUCUUGAGCAUCCCAUUGACCAGGAGGAGAGAGAGAAGACACCUCCGAAAAUUUUCUACGACGACAAUACCAUCUCAAUUGCCGUCGAGGAAGAAUGCACAACUGCUGCUGAGAAUUCUAACACUCUGCGACCAAUUGAGGUGUCCAUCAGCAGCAUAACAAGUACAAGUCAACUGUCGCCGAUCGGUGAUUUCUCAGGAUACCUCAGCACUUCUUGUAUCAGUCCUCUGAGGACGCCCUCGUGCACCCUCGAAUUCUCUGACUUCCUCACUAACAUCUCAGGAGAAGUCUCUCCCGAACACCCAACAGAAGCGUCCAACAUUGAUAUUGACGAUGAGAUAUUGAACUUUGACGAAGCGGGAAUUACGAACAAAUUAUUCGAGAGGAUCAUAUCGAUUGAUCGCCCGAAGAAGUUAGACUUAUCAGAUUAUGCAAUAACAACUGUGACCAAUUCAACGGAAAAUGUGAUGUCUGAAAAGGAAGCCCCACGAUCUAUAUCCUUAGAUCCUUCAGAUCUCUGUCGCCAGUCUUCACCCUUGUAUUCAUCACAGAUACAGAAACUUUCACGGACAACUAUGAACCUCACCACAAUUCCUUCCAGUAGCGAUGUUACAGACUUUGCAACUCCCCAAAAUCAAUCAACACAACCCAAAACUCCUGACGUCUUAGAAAUUACAGAUGCGGACAACCUAACACUGAGUUCUUCGACAGAAAAAAUAAGUGAAUACUCUUCCAACAGAAGGAAUAGCGACAAAGCAUUGAAGAUUAUACAAGAAAACUCUCUAAUAUUGCAUCGCUUGUUGAAGAAAAAUGUAUCUGAUCCUGAUCAGAGCACCAGUAAAGCGGAAUCUUCAGACACAGAAGUUGGUGAUCUUUCUUCUGUAAGAUUGUAUCCACCUGAAGACAAAUCUGAAGAUCCACCCAUUGGGACAUUGGAAGAUACUGAUUCCAAAGACACAGAGCAAAUCGUUGAACCCGAAAGCAUACCAACUUCACCUGUAUACUCAAAAGCACGGACUAGUUUGUUAGAUAGUCCAACAAUAUCGUAUAAAAGAAUAUCAACAGUUGAUGAACCAAGCAUUUCGAACAUCUCGGAAACCCUGACAUCGAUUGAGAAUACAAUAAAAUCCAUAAAUUCGCUAUGUCAAGAUCGCGAAUCAUCGAUCCAAAUCAACCGCCGAAGUCGUUUAAUGGAGGAAAUUGAGGAAAUCAUAAGGACACCGAGUUCAAAAGAUAUCGAGGAUUCUAAAAGAAGGUCUAAAGCAAUAAAUUUAUCACCACCGUACGAUUCAAAGGACGUAAAUAGUUUAAUAGCAGCCGACAACACAUCAACACCCUUCAGAGGAUCGCGAGAUUUAUCACGAGCUGUCUCUCCGCGAAGGCGAAGGGAUGAAGAGCGCGAGGAGUAUGAAAGUCGAGCCACGAGAACUCUGUCAACAGCACCCACAAUCACCAAAACCCCAGCAGAUUCUGACUCCAGUUCAAGCUAUUCAAGCUACAGAAAAUACCCGGAUAAGCUGGAAAUCCGACACACCACAGUCACAGCUACGCUGUACGACAGGUACCUGUCCCAGAGGAAUGAGAAAUCCACCAGACUAGACAAAUCCCCAUCGUCGCCAGUCAUCACGAAGAACUACUCAGACUAUCUCACAGCAGUGACGACCGAUCGUGUCACAAAAUCAGCCGAAAACUCCCCGUCAAGAUUCAAGACUUCGACGUCUGACCACUCAUCUUCAAUUUCGCCGUCCUCACUCUCAAAGACAUCGCCGACAAGAGAGACUCACAGCAUCUUACCUGUAGACACCACUCGAUCUUACAAUGAUAUUUCGCAUAGAUAGUUAAUGUUAAAACACCAGAAUAGGACGACUGUCCUGGAAUCGCCACCUUUUCAGUCUUCAUUUCUGUAGGGAAAAACGAAUGCCUUCGAGUAAUACUUGUAACUGUUCAGUUUAGACAACUGGAUUUUCGAAUUCACCUCGAGUUGUGAGUUUAUGUAAAACCUGUAUAUAAAUUAUAUCUACAUAUAUUUACUUAAUAUGCUCAUAUUACUCUUAUAGUUUCACUAUUGUUAAAUUCUAAUUAGGCCAAAUUGAAUUGUGCAAAAUAUAUUCAUAUAUUUAAGUCAUAUCCACAUGUUGAAACAUUUGAAAUUUAUUGAAGAUUCAGGAUUCCACUUCUGAUUUACCCACAAGAAAUUGAACGCAGAUUUCAGAUCAUUUGACUGAAAAAUCAAAUAUUUCAAAACAUGUGGAUAUAACUUUAUAAAUGUACCUAUGAUAUAUUUCGAGAUGUAAAGACAAAGAUACUCAUGUAACUAAACAAUUAAUUGGAUAACAUAGAAUAAUCAUAUACAAUAUGCUUCUAUGUAGAUUUAUCGCUGAUUAUUUUUGUGAUAUUCAUAAAUGAUUAUACAGAAUAUGAUAGUUGGAAAAAUUCUCGUUAAAUCAGUGCCAAUUUCAAUUCUUAAAACACAUCAAUGUUGAAAUAUUUAUUCCAAAAAAAAACAGAUUCUAAUAACUUAUUUACAAUUAACAUUGCAUUGAGAUUCGAAUGCCUUUCUUUCAUGUGACACGUCCGAAGUAUUCUAUCAAUUCAGUAAUUGACUAGAGUAAAUUAUUUGUGACUGACUAGCAUAGGAUAUAAUUAUGUUUCUCCUGAUUAACUUUACGAGAAGAAUAUUUUGUGUUAUCAAUCAUGAAAUGGUAAAUACAGUUGUUGCGGUAAUGAAAAGUCUGCAAAAGUC